GCAGUCAUGGAGAUGGAUCCACUACCCAAAAUGCUUGCCUCUCUCAUCAUGACCAUACUGAUCAUGACCAUGAUGGCCACCUCCGCCGCAGUUGCGUCGUCGGAUGCAGCGGUGCUCGAAGGACAAGCAAGAGCACUCCUCGUCUGGAAAGAUAGCCUCGACAACCAAAGCCAGCAAGGCCUGCGCUCCUGGGGAAACACGUCGACGCCUUGCAACUGGCGCGGCAUCAGUUGCGAUAUCAGUGUGCACCGACAACAGCAUUGGCCGGUGAUCAACGGCAUCUCUCUAUGGGGUAUGCGGCUGAGAGGGGCUCUGGAGUCCCUCAACUUCUCGGCCUUGAGGACCUUGACACGCCUCGACCUCUCGCACAACCUCCUCGCUGGGAGCAUUCCUCCUAGUAUCGAGGUCCUUGGCGAGCUCCAUGCUCUCCUUUUGCAAGGCAACCAGAUAAGAGGCUCAAUCCCACUAGGUCUAGGAAAUCUCACAAAAUUACAUUCCUUAAUGCUUCAUGAAAAUGAACUCUUCGGUGAAAUACUAAGUCAGAUAGGCAACUUGAGUAGUCUUGUCACCCUCAACUUGUCAAACAAUCACUUAGUUGGUCAUAUCCCUUGUGAAAUAGGACACAUGAAGCACUUAGUUGCAUUAGAUUUGUCCAGUAAUGAUCUUUUUGGUAAAAUACCAAGCAGCAUAGGUGGUUUGACCGAACUCACUAGCUUGUACCUUUACGGUAAUCGACUUUCUGGACAAAUUCCACGAGAACUAGGUUAUCUUCUAAACUUAAAGGACCUGCAACUUGGCAUCAACACACUGUCGGGUUUCAUUCCACGAAAUUUACAUAAUUUGACCAAGCUCACUGUGUUAAUUCUAGGGGGAAACAAACUUUCCGGGUUAAUUCCACAAAAAAUAGAUUACCUUUCGAACUUAGAGUACCUGGAUCUUGGUGACAACAUACUCCCGGGUUCCAUCCCAAAUAGCAUAGGAAAUUUGACCAAACUCAUAGCGUUGUACAUUUUCGUCAACCAACUUUCUGGACACAUUCCUCGAGAACUAGGUUAUCUUGAGAAGUUAGAGCGGUUGUAUCUUGGCACUAACACCUUAAUUGGUUCCAUCCCGAAUAGUAUAGGAAAUUUGACCAAACUCACAACCUUGUUCCUUUACAACAACCAACUUUCUGGACACAUCCCUCAAGAACUAGGUUUCCUUGAGAACAUAGAGAGGUUGACGCUUAGCAGAAACAUGCUAACAAGCUCCAUCCCAAAUAGCAUAGGAAAUUUAACCAAACUCGCAUCCUUGGACAUUUUCAUGAACCAAAUUUGUGGACACAUCCCUCGAGAACUAGGUCGCCUUGUGAACUUAGUGAGUCUGGAUCUUGGCGCUAACACCCUAAUUGGUUCCAUUCCAAAUAGCAUAGGAAAUUUGACCAAACUCACAUACUUUUACAUUUCCAGCAACCAAAUUUCUGAACACAUCCCUCGAGAACUAGGUCGCCUUGUGAACUUAGAGAGUUUGGAUCUUGGCAAUAACACCCUAACUGAUGCCAUCCCAAAUAGCAUAGGAAAUUUGACCAAACUCAGAGGCUUGUACCUUUACGACAACCAACUUUCUGUACACAUCCCUCGAGAACUAGGUCGCCUUGAGAACUUAGAGCAGUUGGUGCUUAGCAACAACACACUAACAGGUUUCAUCCCAAAUAGCAUAGGAAAUUUGACGAAACUCUACAUUUUGUACCUUGAUAAUAACCAACUUUCUAGGCAAAUUCCACAAGAACUAGGUUAUUUAGUCAGCUUAUACUACUUGGGGCUUAGCUACAACGCAUUGACAGAUUCCAUCCCAAAAAAACUAGGCAAUCUCACAGAACUCGCUGUCUUGUACCUCGACAAUAACAAAUUUUCCGGCCACAUUCCACGAGAAUUAAGUUAUUUGGCCAACUUAAAGUGGUUGUCUCUUAGAAAUAAUGCACUAACAGGUCCCAUCCCAAAUAGCCUUGGCAAUCUGACAGAACUCAAAAGGUUGGACUUUGGCCAGAACCAACUUUCGAGGCGAAUUCCAUAAGGAAUAGCUUGGUUGUUGAAUUUAGAGUACUUUUAGAGCUUAGUAACAACACACUAACAGAUUUAACAACAAACAGCCUAGACUAUCCUGUAGAAUUAUCUUUCUUGAGAAAUUUCACAAGAUGGCCCUGUCCUCAUCCACCCCUCCUGCUGCUCCUCUCCUCUCCCGCAGCGCAAGCUCCUCCUGCGCAAGCUCCUCCUGCCGGACCCAUCUCCUCCGCC